AUGAACUAACUAACUAAAUGGGGACGAUGGGUAAAUGGUAGCUAAUGUUAAGUGUCCAGUCCUUUGAUGUCUUCUUUCUUCUUCUUUAGGAGUUGGAGGCCAGUGUUAUUGCUGCUGCACAAGGCCUCAUAAACGUGCUAACACAAAACAUUCAGCAGCAUCACACCCCUGCACAGUAGAAUCCAUUGCGGUCACAUGAGCACCAGAGUCGACAGCAAGCAGGUCAAGGGAGGUGUUGCUGAAAUUGAGAGAGAUGGCAGAUUCGCGACCCCAACAGAGGACUGAACCUUUGAUUGUGAGGCAGUUCAUGGAGAGAAUGCUGAGAAGGCUUCAGGAAGUUCUGCGACGUCAGCCUGUGGAUUUGGAUUAUUUACACUUUGUUUUAAGUCAUGAAGUGGGACUUGUACGCUCUUGCCAAUGUUGUAGAACUGCCUCAAGAUGUUGAUCGUGCUUUAUCUGACUUAUUAAGACUUCUUCGUUUACAAGAGGAGAGUUAUCCAGCUCAUACCUAUGCUGAGGUUCUGGUUGGUGAUAGGGGACAGCCAAAACUUGUAAUUUCUAAAGAAUGUCUUCAAAACCUAAUCGAUAUGCAGUUGCCCAUCCCCUGUGUAGCUAAGCUCCUGGGUGUCUGCAAAAGGACAGUGUACCGGCGGAUGCGUGAGUAUGGACUAUCAGUUACGGGAUCAUACAGCAAUCUCACAGAUGAGGAGCUGGACAAUCUUGUGCGCUCAGUUAAAUUGAAGAUGCCGCAUAUAGGUUAUAGAAUGAUGAAGGGUGAACUGCAAGCGAUGGGACACCGUGUCAGAUGGGACCAGGUUUCAGCAUCCAUGCACAGGGUGGAUUCUGCAGGGAUCUUGGAGAGAAUGGCACGUUUAGGCUGUGUUGCUAGAAGAACAUAUUCUGUCAAGGGUCCCCACUCACUGUUCCACGUGGACACAAACCACAAACUUAUCAGAUAUGGAAUUGUUAUCUUUGCUGGGAUUGAUGGGUAUUCACGAUCACAUUUGACACUUUCAAAACAAUGUGGCUGA